AAUCUCCUCCCUCAGCAUUAAAGCAGCAGACAAGGGUGGGAUUGCACACUGCGGAUAGAUCAACAGGUGUCCGGACACGAACUGUGGUGAGAGUCUACUAAGUCUCUUUCAGCGAGUCCCCCCGUGGAGGUGAAGUAACAAAAUGAGCAGGUACACGAAUCAGACUUCUAAGGUCACCAACCUGCUGAAAGACGGCAGCUGGAUCAGAAAAGACGAGGAAGAGGAUGAAGAUGUCGACCGCGACCCAAACUUUGGCAAAUCUAUUCUGGGCCGUUACAAAACCAGUGAGACUGUUGUGAGUGGAGGCAGUGAAGUAAAAACCACCAAAACCAUAAGCACGACAACAUCUGUGAAUGCUCUCUCCAAGAGAUUCAGUGAAACUCUGGAGGAGCCGAAGAGCAGCACCCUCCCUUCCAGCACGUCCAUAUCCCCGUACACCAAAAGAACCAGUUCUGUUACAGAGGAACCAAAAUCAAGCACCACAACCAGGACCCUCUCCAAGGAUGGCAAAACCACUGAGACCACCAUCACCACCUCCCAGAGUGUCAGUUCUCCUGUGAUGAAAUCUCCCACUAUGACUGAGACGUUCACUGAGCGAGUCAAAUCCUCAAGCCAAGGGGGACUUUACUCAAAGAUCACACCUACCAGAACUUCAAAAGUGACUGAGACGACUGUUACCACCAAUAAGGGUGCGGAGGAGAAACUUUAUGACACCCUCCUGCCCUCCGGCAUCAAGGAUGAUUACUCAUCUACAGAGAGCAAAAGGACCAUCUCCACAACUCAGACUUCGAUAGUGAGAAGCAGCAAUGACACUGAUGCUCUCUACAGUACACUGAUCCCAAGCGCUAUCAAGGACGAUUUCACAGACAGGGGACUUUACUCAAAGAUCACACCUACCAGAACCUCAAAAGUGACUGAGACGACUGUUACCACCGAUAAGGAUGCGGGGGAGAAACUUUACGACACCCUCCUGCCCUCCGGCAUCAAGGAUGAUUACUCAUCUACAGACAGCAAAAGGACCAUCUCCACAACUCAGACUUCGAUAGUGAGAAGCAGCAAUGACACUGAUGCUGAGGACCAACUCUACAGUACACUGAUCCCAAGCGCUAUCAAGGACGAUUUCACAGACAGAAGUUCCAGGAUCACGAGGAGUGAGACUGUCACAGUGGAGAGCAGCAGAGGAAGCAACAGCCCAACUCUGACAUCACCAUCCUUCACAGGAAGACUAAGCAGUUACAAAGGGUACUCUGACGAUUCCCCCACCACCCGCACCUCCUCCUACACCGUCAGCACCACGCCCAGUGACCCAUACAGCAGCGACCGUCAAUCCUACUCCAGAACAGACAGCAGCUAUGACCGCAGCAUCAGCAGCCCCACUGCCUACUCAUCAUCAUCAUCAUCGUACAGAAGCCGCAGCAGGUCAGAUGACAAUCUAGGAGAUUCAACCUACUCCAGGUCCUCCACCAAGAGUUUGUACGGAUCUACUGACAGGCUGGUGCUUGAGAAAGAUUUGUGCACUUACUGCCGUAAGCCAUUCACUGGAGACGCCAAGAUGGUCCUGGAUGACCUGAAGAUCAACUGCCACGCUACCUGCUUCAAAUGUGAGGUGUGUAACAGCACUCUGGGUCAUAUGAAGGCCGGGGACAGCAUGUGGAUCUACAACCGCAUGGUGCACUGCGAGAACUGCUUUGAGGUUACCAGAGAUAAAUGGCGGCGUUGAGUUUCUCGCCGGCUUUCAGUGGAGAUUCAGCCUCUGGAUCAAUGAUGAUGAAUCACUGUUUAUCAACAUGGGCGUGAUACUGGUUCUCCUGUACUUUAGGUUUUAACAAGCUGACAGAUCUUUAUCUGGGUGUUCUGGCAAAAGACAGUUUUAAUUAUACAAAUAUAACUUUUUAUCUUAAAAAUGCAUUGCAGCUAGUUGUUACUGUGUUUUUGACAUCGUGGUAUUUUAUGUCUCUGUAUCGAUUCUAACAUAGUUUGAAGAUGUGCAUUUCUGAUACUCUUAGUUCUGCUGCCUUUAUGGGGACUCUUAUGUGUAACCUGACAAGAGAUAUUACAAAAAAUUAGGGCCGGGGGCUUUUUCUGUGUGCAAUAAGAAUCACGAAUGCAUCUUUAUCAAAAAAGUUGUAAAAUGUGAAGGUUCUUGUGUGUUUGAAGAAUAGUUAUAAUUCUGCAGUUAAUAUAUAGAUUACAGUCAAAGUUCUGCAGAAAUAUAGAACAUAAUUAAUUGACAUUAGUUAUAGAAUGUUCAAUUAUUAAUCUUGUUGGUAUAGACUAAAUUUUAUGUCAGUAAGAAACACAGCACCACAUCUUAUGAUAUCCCAUCAGCUAUUUACAGAAUAACAAUGGUGCUCUAGUUUUCUAUAUAUUUUGAUCCCAUUGAAUAUAUUUUACUAAUUCUCUAAUAAACAAAGAUACAAUAUU